UUACUAUUGUUGGUGGAAGGGGCAUCUUUUUGAAUGUGCCUAAGGAACAAACUCCCCAAGAUAAAACAGUGGGGUCAGAAACUGAAAUAUGGAGCUCUGGUGACUUGAUCUGGCUUCUAAUACUUCAACGAAAGCUCUGGCCGUUCUACGAGAAGCUGUCAGCCAAUCCACCAUUGUAA